GGAUCGUCUGGCUGGACAGCGGGCAUCGGGUCACCAGGCUUCAGGUCAUUUGGCUCAACAGCGGGCACCGCGUCAUCUGGCAAGACAGUGGGCACCAAGUCACCAUGCACGACAGUGGGCUCUGAGUCAAUUGGCACGACAGCGGGCACCGGGUCAUCAGGUACCGGAUUGUCUGGCUCGACAGCGGGCAUCGGGUCACCAGGCAUCAGGUCAUUUGGCUUGCCAGCGGGCACCGCGUCAUCUGGCAAGGCAGUGGGCACCGGGUCACCAGGCAUUGGAUCGUCUGGCUCGACAGCGGGCAUCGGGUCACCAGGCAUCAGGUCAGUGGAGGCA